AUGGCCUCUGACCUCGCUCGACUCAAGGCCACCGGCUUGCCUUAUGCCCCUGAGAAGGCGUUGAAGAGACGAAUCAAUACUUACGUCGCCGAGAUAGUAUCAUCCACUACGUCGCCCAUUGGGGCCUGCUUGAUCCUCGAUACGGACCACCUCCUCACCGCAGAGGCCCUAAUCGAGAAUGCCCAUGUGGCCCCCAAGUCCAUCCUUAUACCCAACCCGGACCCACAACAGCUCAGUGGCAUGCUGGAGAUAUACGGCGACUUGAAUACCAUUCAGGGAACCUCUCAUGAGCUACUGCGUCCAACUGGCGGGAUCGAAGACCAUCUCAAAGGCCGACUGCUCCGUUGCGUUUAUCUGGACUACAACGGCAGCUUUGGGCGGGACGGUUACAAGGCCGGCAGGAAGAAGCGCGACGACCUGAAGUAUCUCUUGGAGGGCCACCUGAUGGCCUCCCCCUGCGUUCUCGCUAUCUCCUUCUCUAUGAGGGGCAUCGGGGAGACCUUCCCCUUCGAGCAUUGGUAUAAUGUUAAGGACUAUGUUCAGUCUGUUGUGAUGGAGCAAGGUGACCUUCACAUAAAGUGGCUGGACUGCCUCCGUUAUCGCCACAACCCGAGAAGCUCGCCGAUGAUGUUCCUCAGCGCAAUUACGUGGCGCGGUGACGCUUCAGGACCCACUGGGUCCCCACGGCUAGUCCUUGAUGGCAGUGAAGCCCUUUGGAUGGAGCGCAUCGAUACAGAGGCCGAGAAGCAGUGCGACACUGGACUGGCUUACCCACGAUGGAUGGCUGAAGCCGCACUCGAUCUUUGCAGAAGGUUCGAAGUGAAAACAGCUUAUACCACCGCUCCUCACACUCCCCUCGGCCAAGUUGUCGAGAAUCUGUUCUCAACCACUGAAAUGACGAUGCUGUGGGAUUCGAUCCCGCGUCCUCGGCAUUGGCUCGAUGAAGAUGCGGCGGUUGAUACACCCGAUAUAGUCUGGUGUUGCGAAGAAGGCAUGAUGCACCUUCGCGGUCGACGCAAAAGCGGCUUGCGGGAAGACUUCAAAGUUCUUCUGCAGUCGUCCGAGAAGCCCAAACUUCUCCUCUGGAACUUCAGCUACAGCAACGUCGGCGAGAGAUGGAAGCAUGAGGAGCUGUUCAGGUUCAUAGCCGACGUUGCCGAGGCCGGAGGUACGCCACUGGCCACAUUCAAGUACAACUCCCCGAGUUCGGCGGUUUACUUCGUCGCGGUCUCGUUCCAUGGGGUAGUAGACACACCCUUCCCCGACAACUGCAAAGCCGUCGGGUUGUCUCCUGUUGAUGUGAGUAUUGUAGAGCAUACGAAAAAGCAGGAGCGUGUUGACAUACCGGUAUCUAAAUACCUCCGGGCCUUCGCUCACUCCCUGGAAUUGCCUCCUACAAGUAGCGUUGUGGUCACAGAGGGUCCUUCCCUAUGUUGGUGCAGCCGACUUCUCGAGACCUUCCCACAGUGGCAACUCUCGGUGAAGUCCAACGACCCCGUCGAGCUAGACUUGAUGUCUCGUCACAAGCUCGCGUCCUCAGUGUCCUCCACCUCUACCCUACCAACUGACUGUGACGGGUUCGUGCUACUCUAUGACCAUUCUUGGACGGACGAUGUGGUCCGCGAGAUUCAACAAGUCCUAGCUCCUGGUCGGUUCUACUGCAUUGGAUACCAUCUUGUAGGCCAGCCGAGCUCGUAUCUCCUAGAACCCGUAUCGUGGUUGCAUCGAACUCUCGAGGAAUGUUCGACGCCAUACACUCUCGUGAGCAUCAUCCUGUGCCGAAGCAGUACCCCUUAUGUCUACGUCAUCUUCCAUACACUCAGCGGCACCACCAAGGUCCAUGAGGGCCUCGACAAACUUCGCCAGCUGAAAUUCACUGUAUAUGAGGACUGGCCCACUGAGGUCGAUGGAGCGUUCGCCAGCCGCGUUGAGAAAGUACUCGUUAGAGGUUAA